UAAAACUAGCUUUAUUUUGGAAGCGUCAAAGCUCAGUGGUUAUUAUGUCUAACUUGGCGGCUCUUUUAAAGCGAUUGGGCUUGGGAUGUGUGAUUAUUGAUGAGAGUGAUUAGCAUUUCAGAGUCAUUUGGUCUUUUCCGUACAAAUCUACUCCGUAUUUUCCUUUUUAAUCGUCCUCCGUCGUGAGUCCAGAUGGCGGCUGUUAGCAGCAUGGGUAAAAUGUACGGGCUGUGUUUCCAUGCUGCUCGUCAAACAGCUGGAGUGAAGGCAUCCAGGCUCCUUCAUCGCAGAGCCUUCAGAAUCAGCGCCGUGCACCAGCAGCAGCCCUUUGACUCGUCCUUGGAGAAGCCUCAGUUCCCUGGAGCCUCGGCGGAGUUUGUGGACCACCUGGAGUUCAUCCAGCCGAACGUUAUCUCCGGGAUCCCAGUGUAUCGUGUGAUGGACAGGCAGGGGAACAUCAUCAACCCCUCUCAAGACCCUCAGCUCUCCAAAGAGACUGUUUUGAACUUUUAUCAGAAGAUGACGCUGCUGAACACAAUGGACCGCAUUCUUUAUGAAUCCCAGAGACAGGGACGAAUCUCCUUCUACAUGACUAACUACGGAGAGGAGGGCACCCACAUUGGCAGCGCUGCGGCCCUUGAGCCAACAGACAUGGUAUUCGGUCAAUACAGAGAGGCUGGCGUGCUGAUGUACCGCGGUUUCUCGCUGGAUCUUUUUAUGGCUCAGUGUUACGCCAACGCCGACGACCUUGGCAAGGGCCGCCAGAUGCCCGUCCACUAUGGCUGCAAGGACCUCAACUUCGUCACCAUCUCGUCUCCGCUGGCGACGCAGAUCCCUCAAGCGGCCGGAGCGGCGUACGCGCUCAAGAGGGAAAACCUGAACCGCGCCGUCGUCUGUUACUUUGGCGAGGGGGCGGCCAGCGAGGGCGACGCACACGCCGGCUUUAACUUCUCCGCCACCCUGGAGUGCCCGCUGAUAUUUUUCUGCCGCAACAACGGCUACGCCAUCUCCACCCCCACCAACGAGCAGUACCGAGGAGACGGCAUCGCUGCUCGUGGUCCCGGUUAUGGAAUGCUGUCCAUCCGCGUGGACGGUAACGACGUGUUUGCCGUGUACAACGCGACAAAGGAAGCGCGCCGCAGGGCUGUGGCCGAGAACCAGCCCUUCCUGAUCGAGGCCAUGACCUACAGAAUCGGUCACCACAGCACCAGCGACGACAGCUCGGCCUACCGCUCGGUGGACGAGGUGAACUACUGGGACAAGCAGGACCACCCCAUCUCCAGGCUGAGGCACUACAUGACGGCCCGCGGCUGGUGGAGCGAGGACGACGAGCGGACCUGGCGGAAGCAGUCCCGCAAAACCGUGAUGGAGGCGUUCGAGCGGGCCGAGCGGCGCCUGAAGCCCAACCCCGAGCUGCUGUUCACCGACGUGUACCUGGAGAUGACGCCCGGCCUGAGCAAGCAGAGGGAUUCCAUGUGGAGGCACGUGCAGCAGUACAAAGAGCACUACCCCCUCGACCUGUACGAGAAGCAGUGAGCGGCGGGACGGUUUCUCUGGAGUUCUGGGAGUGGGGACUGACAGGAAAGUGGAGUUUGAUGCACAAAAGCUCUCAUAAAUAACCGGUUUUCCACUUUGUUUGGUGCCUUAAGAUGAAUAAAAAUGUAGAUCUUUUACAGAAAACUUCUAGAAUAAUAAAACUUGCCCAAACACCGUGACCGCCGUUAAAGUAAAUAUGCAAAAACAGGUUUUGGUUCCUCCUGCCGGGUUCUCUUUAUGUUCCUCAGUCUGUGUUUUUUUAACUGUAAUCCUUCAGAAUGCCGUGUUUUUAGAGGACUGUUACUAAGGAUCCACUAAAAGAAACUGUUUAGCUUUGAUUGUUUUGUUGAAAAUAAAUCAUAAAAUGUU